AUGACACCUUCCGCAGCUAGUCCUCAGCCCACACUUCAAAUCCAAGGUUAUGAAACAAGCGUAGACCUGAAAAUGGGCCCCACACCUUUAGUGUCACCUGAGUCCUGUCAACCACAUGCGGAAAUGGCCUGGUCCUUCCUUCCUGCUGUUCGCAGUCUAGUAGAGAAUGAGCCUGUGCGCAAAGGGAGGCAAAGAGGGUGGGGCUGUUCGCAGGAACAGAUGGUCAUUUCCAGCCGGGAGGGGGGAUACUGCAAAAGCUUCAGAGAGGCCAGGGCUUUUAAGCAGGGGCAUGAAGGAGAGCUACGACUCAGGCAGAAAUGCAGUAAGGGCUCGCCAGAUGGAUGGAUCUCCAAAAACAAAGACACGGAGGCUAGAAAGCAGAAGGCACCGGCAGGGAAAAGCAUGCAAUUUCAUUGGACUGCAAGCAGCUCGGGCGGCGGGAGGAGCGGUAGCGGCCAGGCAGCCCAGCUUCGCGAAGGGUCUCGGCGCGCCGCAGCCCGCAGGCACCCGGCACGCGCCCGCCCCGCCGCCACGAUGCCCAAGAGGAAGGUCAGCUCCGCCGAGGGGGCGGCGAAGGAGGAGCCCAAGAGGAGGUCGGCGAGGUUGUCAGCUGAUAAGUCUUCAGACAAAAAAGUGCAAACAAAGGGGAAAAGGGGAGCAAAGGGAAAACAGGCUGGAGUGGCUAACCAAGAAACGAAAGAAGACUUACCUGCCGAAAACGGAGAAACUAAAAAUGAGGAGAGUCCAGCCUCCGAUGAAGCAGGAGAGAAAGAAGCCAAGUCUGAUUAA